CUUUUUAGUUUUUCCUCUCGAAACCUCUUUCUGUUCGUGCCUCUCCCUCGCCCCUGCUUCUCUGUAAGAGAAACUCCCACGCGUAACAAUGUCAACAUACAUAAGCACAGCCCUCGGAAUUGAAAUGGCGUCUCUCUCUUCAUCCUUCUGCGCAUACUCUGUCCGACACUGGUGCAUAUUCGAACGAAAACUCGCUAAAACAUUGAUCUCGAUUAGAAAUUCUCUUUUGAGAAUUCACGCAUCCUUAAUCGGCGUUCAAAACAUUCUUUGGCGCCAGUCAUGACGGAUGACACGACCACAAUAAAUUAUUGGUUGUACUGGAGGAGCUUCCUUUGCUCAGUUACUGUGUUAGCAUUCAUGGCUCUAUCACUAAUUAUAUUACGGAGAUUCGAAUAUCUUUGCAAUUCAAAUCACAACAGAAAAGAAGAUUGUCAAAUAAAAACAGAAAUGGAGUGUCUGUACAGUGAUGAAGCUUGGAAGCCAUGUCUCAAAGGAAUCAAUCCCACUUUUGUGCUUGCUUACAGAAUGACUGCCUUCAUUGCACUUCUGACAAUUCUUAUAUCAAGUAUAGUCAUUUAUGGGUUCAGCUCCUUAACUGCUUAUGUUCAGUGGACUUCUGUGUUGGUCACCAUCUAUUUUGGGUUUGGGUCUUCUUUCUCCAUUUGUGGAUAUUACCGAUGUAAAAAUAGAGUUGAUGGUGAUCAGGAGGUUUUAGAUGCAGAGCAAGGCAUUGCCCAGGGGGCUUGCAAUAGGUUUGAGGGCAGAAAAGAUACAUGUGGAAUAUCCAGAAGUUUAGAUGACCAUGAGGAAUCUCAUGCUCGCCAAGUUGCAGGCACAUGGGGUUUUAUCUUUCAAAUUUGUUACCAGGCGUGUGCGGGUGCUGUGGUGCUCACUGAUAGUGUCUAUUGGCUCAUAAUUGUUCCACUGUUUCCUGCUGACUAUUUUCAUUCAGGUUUUCUGCCUGUUAGCAUGCAUUCAGUCAAUGCAUUUCUCCUCAUUGGUGACUCAAUUUUGAACAGGAUGCGGUUCCCUUUUUUCCGAAUUGCAUAUUUCUUUCUGUUCACAGUGACAUACAUCUCUUUCCAAUGGAUCAUUGAGGGACUUUUUAAAAUUAGGUCACCCUAUCACUUUAUUGAUUUGUCAUCCCCAACUACUCCUCUAUGGUAUGUAUUUCUGGCUUUGAUCCAUGUCCCAUGCUAUGGCAUCUUUGCUGUCAUAAUAUGGAUCAAGCACUUUUGUUUGUCAAGAUUACUCCCAGAGUCUUACCAAGGUAUGAGGUGACUUAAUUCCAACGGGUUUACACAGCCAAACAUCACCAUUUCACCGAUCGAAGGGAACACAGCUUUCGCUGAAUAUUACACCAGCACAACCAUUGGAUGAGGCCUCUCAUUGUAUUCUAUUCUAUUUUUUUAUUCGGAGGUUAAAAAAUGCCUCUCUUUAUUUUAGGUUAGUUGCUAAGUGGUAGCGGUUAGUGUGCUUUUGGUUGCUGGAUGUGGAUCACGUGGUCCUCGAUGGGGGCAGCUGUUUACGUUCCUUGAUCAUUUUGAACAUGUCUAUAAUCCAUUGUAGAGCAAUACAAGAACUAGAGUUUU